UCGCUUUCCCGGCGCGGCUGGCAGGAGCCGCGGCGGCGCCCGGGGAGAGCCAGCCGCCCUCGGGGGGACGGACGGACGGACGGCGGCGAGGCGGCGCCGCUCCCGGGUAUAUCUGAAUUCUUUGGCUCUGGAUGCGGCCGGCAGAGCUUAUGGAAGGGGCAACCCAAAAAGCAGAGGCGCAGGCCCUGAGGUUGGCAGAGGCUAUCAGAGGAGGGGAUGAAGAAAAGGCCCGGCAGUGUGCCAUCUGGCUGGCACAGCAACGGAUCCCGCUCACGGUGCAGGUGACGCAAGAGAUGGACCUGAAGCAAGACAUUAGGCUGUGGGUGGGCGUGGAAGAUGCCCACAUGAGCACCAUACCCAUCUACUUGAAAGUCCAGCCUUGCAUGACUCUGGCCUCCCUCAAAGACAUGGUAUUCCUCCACUAUGGCUUCCCGCCCAGCAUCCAGCAGUGGGUGGUAAGCCAGAGGUUGCCUCGAGACCACGAGACCCUUCAGUACCACGGCAUCCAGAAAGAUGGCGACGUAGCUUAUCUCUACCUCCGAUCGGCCAAGGCAGCCAAGCUUCGCAAAGACACUUUCCAACGGGAUCAUGAACGGAGGCAGCUAGAAGAAUUAGGCAUUAAGGGUCCUCUGCUGCCCCGAGGGACCGCCAGCCCCGUUGCCAGAGACCCUUUGGACGCCUUGGAUACAGAUGAGCAAAGGGGAGACGCAACCGCAUCGCUCCCUGCCCAGCGCCCAGAGGUAGGCUGGGGGUGCCCGACCUGCACCUUUGUCAACAGGCCCACCCGGCCAGGCUGCGAGAUGUGCUGCACUGAUCGGCCGAAAAAUUACGUCAUGCCAGAAGGCUAUAAGCCGGACGGAGAGGAGCUGGCACGGCUGCAGAAGGAGGAGGAAGCCACACGCCAGUAUGAGCAGGCCAAAGAGCAACGGAAGCGCGACAACUACCAGCAGCUCCUGCAGUUGGAUGGGCAGAGCCUGGUGCUCGCGGAGGUGGAAGUGGACUGCCCCAUCUGCUUCACGACCUUAGAACCCGGGGAGGGGGUGACCUUGCGUGAGUGCCUGCAUGCCUUCUGCAAGGACUGCUUGAAAGGGACCAUCCUCAACAGUCAGGAGCCUGAAGUUCGUUGCCCCUACAUAGACCAGAAGUACUCCUGCCCGGGGCAGCUUCUGGAGCGGGAGAUCAAAGCGCUCCUGAGCCCAGAGGAAUACCAGCGAUUCCUGGAUCUGGGCAUCUCAGUGGCUGAGAAUCGCAGCCGGUCCAGCUACCACUGCAAGACGACAGACUGCCGGGGCUGGUGCUUCUUCGAGGACGACGUGAAUGAGUUUCCGUGUCCUGUGUGUCUGAAGGUGAACUGCCUGCUUUGCAAGGCUAUUCAUGAAAACAUGAACUGCAAAGAAUACCAGGACGAUCUCAAAAUCCGCGCCGAGAAUGACCAGGCUGCACGGCAGACUACGGAGAUGUUGAUGACAAUGGUGCAGAAGGGGGAUGCCAUGUACUGCCCGGUGUGCCAGAUUAUCAUCCAGAAGAAAGACGGCUGCGACUGGAUCCUCUGCACCGUCUGCCGCACGGAGAUCUGUUGGGUGACCAAAGGCCCACGUUGGGGGCCAGCGGGCUCUGGCGACACCAGUGGGGGCUGCCGUUGCAGGCUGAACGGAGCUCCCUGUCACCCCAACUGCCACAACUGCCACUGAUUGCAAGGAAAAAGAGAAUGCCGAACUCCAGGCUACAUUGCUUGGUGGGAAGGCGGCCAGUCGGGACCUGUGGCCUCACUACCUACAGUCCAUAAAAGCCUGAGAUCUCUGCUCCGAUGGCAACAGAUUCAUCCUCUAUAGAAAGACUACAUAAUUUCCCACAUUUCAACUAAGGAAGGUUAUAUAAAGCCGAGGCUGACUUCUCCCUCCAGGGACGUUAUGCUCUGAUUGCAGUUACUCUUCCUUGUGACCGCUGGCCUGAAGCUAGACUCGGGCUUCUUCCCAGGAUGGACAGUGUUCCCCCCCCCCCGUCUUCCGCCUAAGCAGCAUUACGCCAUGUACCUCUUCAGGGUCUCCACUAGGAGCUGAGGGUGUUCUAGCCAAGGAAUGGGUGACUAGCUAACAGAUCCACAGCACAGAAUUUUCAUUACCCCACUCGGUGCAUUAAGAAUCAGGCUGCUUGGUUCUGGUGUCACUACAGAACAUGCUGGCUUGAUGAAGUCUUUACUUGUUUUCUUCCAAUAAACGGGUAUUUCAUACACCGCU